CACCAUGCUGUUUCUUCACUUGCUCCUCUGUGCCGGGAUGAUGUUGCAGUCUCUGCCGAGGUGCGGGUCUUAUUACAGUGGACCAUUACAGCCGGAGAUGUCCAACGGCACUUUCCAUCAUUAUUUCGUGCCGGACGGAGACUACGAGGAAAACGACGACCCGGAGCAUUGUCAGAUGCUUUUUAAAGUCACCGACGAACGAAAGUGCGGCGGUGACGAGGACCAGGACCUCCUGAUACGGGAGGAUUUCACCAUCAUCAAGCGGCAGAUCGAGGACUCGGCACGGGUGCUGGAGGGGAUCGGAAAGAGCAUCUCUUUCGACCUGGACGGAGAGGACAGCUACGGAAAGUAUCUGCGCCGGGAGACAACUCAGAUCAGCGAGGCGUUCACGAACUCGGAGAAAUCUCUGCUGGAGCUGGAGGUGAAAUUCAAGCAGAGUCAGGAAGGGGAGCUGAAAGAGGAGCACCGGCUCAGCGACGACUUUCUUACCAUGGUCGUGCAGACACGGGACGUCCUGAAGGAGACGAUGGACAUCUCUCAGGGCCUGAAGGACAAACACGAGCUACUGUCCCUAAUCAUCCGCAGCCAUGGCACAAGACUGAGUAGACUGAGAAACGAGUACUUGAAGUUUUAAGAAUAGAACAGUUCCCAGGACUAUCUGACUGUGCCCUAACUUGAUCACAAGCAACAGGUGACUUUACAGGUCAACAGUGUCCUGAUAAUUUAUGCAACGUCCUGGAAAGUAAAGAAGAUAAAUAUAAUUUUCAUGCACGGGCAUUAAAAUUGUGAAAUAUAUAUGGUUUUAGUGCAGUACAUUUCUUAGAUUGUUCAGAAAUGAUUGAAAAGGAGUGAAACAGUGCAGACCUCUGGACUGUUUUCCACUGUGCCUGAAUCACUUCUGGAUACACAACGGAUAAAAUCCAGAUUACCCUGAAAAUUUCAUAAUUUCUUCCGUUUGGAUCACAACCACAGCCCUGUUAAAUAAACCUUCACUUUUUGAAUUCUACGGAUUAUAAGAAACAGCCACUGGACCAAUUUUGGUACUGUGUUUCAAAUAACCAACAUUGAGUCUUUCAAAAGCUGUGCCAAAACCUGAUCACUUCUUUGGUCAAUAACCUUGAGUCCUCCCCUCUCACCAAAUUUUGAUUCCGACCCACCCUUAACUUUGAGUUAUGGCUGCUGCUGAAAUCAAGAGAUGCAAACCAAAAGCUCCCUCAUGGCGGCAAUAAAAUGUCAUGGGUUUUCCAGGAUUCCUCUUUGGAAAUUAUUGGAGAAUUAAAUGAAGUUCACGUUUUCACAAACAUAGUCCUUAGCCAUGGUCUUAUUUUUAGUUUUAUGGUUAAUCAUAUAAAGGAGAGAGGUGGCGAAUAGACUUUUUAAUUAUUAUGGAAAUCUGUUAGGUAUGGUCAAAAAUGGUUCCUAAAUUCUAAAUAAAUUCAGAUUUAGAUCAGGUUUGAUGAUUCAGAUUCAUUAUGAGAAUCAACAUUUAAUGUGACUCUAAUCCAACUGUUGUCACAUGAUCACAUCACAUGAUCGCUCAUGCAUAUGGCUGGUUUUGCUGGUUUUUAUCUUUCAGUUUUGGAAUUCUCAGUCAUCCCAGUCUCUUUUGGUAGUUCAAUAUCUUUUUCAUUACUUUGUGGUUGUUUCAUUAGGAAUUCCAUUAGGAAACUUUAGUAUUGAGACAGUAAAACAUUUUAUUGAUGUUUUUGUCAAACUGUGGAAGGGCAGAUCUCCAUCGUGGAUUGUGAGGUCAAAUGUUGGGGAGGUCCUCUCUACUCUUUAAAUACAAUUGGAGUUCCUGGGAACUGGCAAAAUUCCUGUUUCCCAGUUCAAAGGAAACAAGCCUUUAAUGAGUCCAGCUGUUUAACAUGAUGGAAUCAUCAUGUACCGGGGGCAGUCAGUGGACUGGAAACAAAACUGCCCUCUGAGUCAGUGAAAAACUGCGGGUAAACGUUGAACAUUUUCUGUGUAACACAACCUAGAAUUAUCUCAGGGCUUGCUGUGAUUUGUAACAAACUUACUAGAAUUUCUGGCAGCAAAAUGCAUUUGCGAUCUAUCUGCCAAAUAGAGGAUUACUUAAAUUAGUCAAAAGCCAAUGUUUAAAGAGAGUAAUCAGAGCUUUAACUUUGAAGAAGUGUUCUCUUAGUCCUCUGGGGCUUGUUUUACAAAUUUAAUUAAAAAUCCAAAACAAAUGUGAUUUACUAAGGCUUUGUUAAAUUUGCUUAAAAAUACAUUUCACUAAAAUAUGUCAAACUAUACCACAUGCUGAUUGUACCACCACAGGGUUCCUGCUGUUCCUGCCAUACAGUAGAGCUAAUUAUAACAGUUAAUGUAUACUGCUCUAAAGACCAACGGGCCAGUUUGCCUGUCAUUAUACUGCACAAAAUGUUUGUGGCCCGAAGGCCUCUAACAGAGUUUCAAUGUGUAAAUGUGAAGAACUAAUUUGUCAAUGAGGCCAGCAGCAUAUUGUAUAUUUAAGUUGGACAUACAUUUUGAAUGUUUUCUUGACAUACUUUUAAAUGUCGGAAAAGAAAUGUGAAAAAGAAAGUAAAUAAAAUGGUUUUGUUUUUGGUUAAGUGACUUUUUAGAAGAUUUGAACACAGUUUGUUACCAAAAGUUGUUUUGCUUUACAGAGGCUAAAAAAAGUACUUUGAUUAUCUGCUUACAUGUGAAAUUCAACCAAAUAACAGACUGUUGGGAUUUUUGAACACUGUCACAAAUUGCAUGUUACAAAAAAACGCCACCUUUGUAAUCAUCUCACUUGAAAGUACAGCAAAUUGCUACUUGUGGUAUGUGAUCAGUGUUUCGAAGGAAUCGCCCUUUUGUCAUCAUGCAGGAUCAUUCCGAUCAGUGUGUUCAUCAACAGCGACAGUGCAGAUUUUCACCACAAUUGUUUUCUUUUUUUAAAUCAAAUAACUGUACCUUUUCAAAACUUAAAUGUAAGUAACUCACUGUACAUAAAAUGUUUAUCCUCUCUUAGACACAUUACCAUAUAACUUGUGAAGUUUAUGAAGCUCAA